CGGAGCCAAUGAGAGGGUAGCGAUUUUAAUAACGGGACUCCUCACAUCUGCGCGCCGCGUAACGGGAAGAGACGUUUACUACAUCAGUCACAAAUCCCAUGCUCUCGGAAUCGAGUGACAUAUAAACUUUAAGAUGCAGUUUAUGCUGCUCUUCAGUAGGCAGGGAAAGCUGAGGCUUCAGAAAUGGUAUGUGCCACUAUCUGACACUCAGAAGAAGAAAAUCUCUCGUGAGGUGAUACAAAUGGUGCUGGCACGCAAACCCAAGAUGUGCAGUUUUCUGGAAUGGAGGGAUCUGAAAAUAGUCUAUAAAAGAUAUGCCAGUCUAUACUUUUGUUGUGCUGUGGAGGACCAAGAAAAUGAGUUGAUAACCCUGGAGAUAAUCCACAGAUAUGUGGAGCUGCUGGACAAAUAUUUUGGCAGUGUAUGUGAACUGGACAUUAUCUUCAACUUUGAGAAGGCCUAUUACAUUCUGGAUGAGUUUAUAUUGGGUGGAGAAGCCCAGGAGACAUCCAAGAAGAACGUUCUAAAGGCCAUAGAGCAGGCUGACAUGCUGCAGGAGGAAGCUGAGACGCCACGUAGCGUUCUGGAGGAAAUUGGACUGACAUAAACCCUGAGAACCCUCAGCCCAACUAUUAAUACACAUCUUCCUUUCUUUUUCUGUGGGCAUGUUAUCUACUCCAGAAUACACCAUAUCUGUAUUUUAGCUUUCAGGUAAAAGCAUUUGUACAAGUGUUAUAAAAUCAGCACUUCCUACAGAAACAAUUAGGUAUUAAAGCCUGUAUUUUUACUGCAAAACAUCUGAGGGAAUUUAAGCAUAUUGAAUAUGGAUCUGCACUUCCUCAGUUAUGAUACCGCAAAUAUGCAAAUUUCUCAUAGUGUUUGGCUGUUUGGAUUCAGGUAUGGUUCAGUAGAUGUGUAGCACAGAUUCGUGUAACUACAAUCUUUCACUACGUCUCUCACAAUGUCUUCUGUGUUCAAACAUUACCUCUCGCCUUCAGCUGCCUUAAAACACUCCCUUACAGCUGAUACAGUUAUCUUAUGCAACUCUCUGUAGGUCCACAUCAAUGCAACAUGGUCUGUCACAGUUUUAGACGAGGAAUUUUCGAAUGCGUUAGGACCAAACAUUUCUACUUUGGACAACAGGGAAAUGCAAAAAUUUGAAGAUAAUUUUGAGUUGUUUUGGAAUCGAGGUAUAUGCAGAUUGUUAAAAAAGGCACAAGUAAACAUAAGUAUUAAUAAAUCUUUGACCAACAACACUGUAAUGUAACUCCUCCUGUAAAAACUUAAUUGGUUCAGACAGAUCAGGAGGUUUGCCAUUCAACUGUUAAAACAAGUUUUAUUUCAAAUGCCAAAGAAUAGUCUCCACCAUUCUCAUGCCUUUUUUUUCUAGAAGGGUUAGUUCACUAAAAAAUACAAAUGCUGUCACUAUUUCAUCACCCAUAUGCUGUUAGAAACCUCCAAGACUUUCUUACAUGGGUAGUUGACAGAUAAACCGCAUGUGUCCUAUGGUUUGACAGCAAAAAAUUUGAAGAAAAAAAAACCUAACAAUGAGGAUAAAUCUAGUAUGCUAUUUUAUGUUAUACAUAUAAAUAAUAUAUUAUUAGCAGUUUGUUUUCUACAUUUUUGCCAUCACACCACUGGACACAUGGUAUGGUUUAUUUGUCAACUACCCACAUGAGAAAUUUUUCAUCCACAAAAGAAAAUCAUACAGGUUUAGAACAACACUGUCGAUGUGUAAGAAAUGACAGAAAUUUCAUUUUGGCUGAACUAUCUUUUCAAAUCUUUGUAUGCUGUCCUAUUAUACUGUCUUUCUCUUGGAAAUACGUGUUAUUUGUAGUUUCAUCUUAACAAAAUGAAGAAUUAAAGUGAGAAUGCAGUA